GGAUAUGGUAGGAAAGAAAGAAUAAAAAAAAAGUCAACAAUGAGAAAGCAGAAACAAAGACAGCUAGAUAUGGUGGCAACCUAAUGAUAAAUGAUUGACCCAUUUAUAAAAUUAAAAAACAUAAACCAAUCACAACAUUUUCUCAUGAGGGCUUGUUUUAAAAAAUUUCAUAUUUUUUUGAAGACUUGAAUGAUGAAAAGACAAGCUCAAUUUUCUUGUUCAUCAUUUGUACAACUACAAACAUUGGUAAAAAUAUUUGCUUCAAUUUUUAUCCUAUUCCAUCAAAAUUGUCUAGCUAAGCAUCACCAACCAUGUCCAACUUCAUCUUGCGGCAAAAUUCGCAACAUAACAUAUCCAUUUCGUCUCAAAACCGAUCCAAAUCACUGCGGAGACACAAGGUACGAAUUAGAUUGCAACAAAAACGGUCCAUCAUUAACCAUGUUCUCCGGGAAAUACUAUGUACAACACAUUGAUUACAAGGGAUUUAAAAUUCGAUUAAGUGACGCGGGUGCAGUGGAAGAUGCUAAUUGCUCUUUUAUCCCACGGUACUUUUUAUAUGAUCAAAGUUUUAAUAAUGUUCUUUUUGGAGAAGACAAUUUUGGAUCUGAACCGUUCAUUCUGGAUCCAAUAAAUCCAUUGAGAAUAGCGUAUUUCAAUUGUUCAAGUCCAAUAAAAGAUCCACGGUACGUUAAGGUGGACACGAGUCGUUGUAGCAGACAUGGGAAUAGUAGUACUAAUCAUGUGUAUUCUGUUUUGGAACCAUCAUUGUUUGAGUAUCGUGUUGAGGAUAUUAAGGUUGGGUGUGAUUUUAUGGUGGCUACAUUGGGUAAGGCACAAUCAGAGACUGUGAAAGAGAAUGUUACUUAUGAUGAGAUUCAUGGGAUGAUAGUUGAUGGAGUUGAGGUUUCAUGGUUGCCUGUAAUCUGUGAAGAUAGAUGUGGAAAGGGAACAAGUUGUAAGGUUGUUGAUGAAGAAAAAGGAGAAGUUCAAUGUAAUAAGCAGUUAUGUCAUUAUGCUUACCAAACAACUGAUAAGUGCGAACUUCAAGACCAGAUAUUUGGUUAUACUCGUGCUUAUCUUAGAGGCAUUUUUGUUGGACUUGGAAGUAGAAUCACAUUUAGCACAAGACAAUUGGACAAUCCUGUUGGACUAGAAUAUUUUGAUGGAGGAAUAAUUAUAGGAAGAAAUGUUAUACCAUUAUUCAUAGGAAUCAGAUUUCUCUUUGGAGUUAUUGUUCUACUUGUGCUAUUUAUCUAUAAAUGGAGAAGGAGACAUUUAUCUAUGUAUGAUAACAUUGAAAACUUUUUGCUAGAAAGCAAUCUAAAUCCUAUUAGGUAUGAAUAUAAAGAAAUCAAGAAAAUGACCGGAGGUUUUAGAGUGAAGUUAGGUCAAGGAGGUUUUGGUGCUGUAUACAAAGGAAAGCUAAGAAGUGGGCCCGAUGUUGCGAUAAAGAUGUUGACAAAAUCAAAUGUUAAUAAUGGACAAGAUUUUAUCAACGAAGUUGCGACCAUUGGAAGAAUACAUCAUGUUAAUGUGGUACGUCUUGUUGGAUACUGUGUUGAAGGAAAAAAGAGUGCACUUGUUUACGAAUUCAUGCCAAAUGGGUCAUUGGAUAAGUACAUUUUCCCUAAAGAAGGAGUUGAUCCUUUGAGUUAUGAGAAAAUAUAUGAAAUAUGUCUCGGAAUAGCUCGUGGGAUAGAGUAUCUGCAUCAAGGUUGUGAUAUGCAAAUUCUACAUUUUGAUAUCAAGCCUCAUAAUAUUCUUCUAGACGAAGAUUUCGUUCCAAAGGUUUCGGAUUUUGGACUUGCAAAGCUUUACCCUGUGAACGAUAGCAUUGUUCCGUUAACUGCGGCAAGAGGAACUUUGGGUUACAUGGCUCCUGAAUUGUUCUACAAAAAUAUUGGUGGAGUGUCGUACAAAGCUGAUGUAUACAGUUUUGGAAUGCUUUUGAUGGAAAUGGCAGGUAAGAGAAAGAACUCGGACCCUAACGCAGCGCAUUCGAGUCAACAUUACUUCCCAUUUUGGAUUUAUGAUCAAUUUAAAGAAGAGCGAGAGAUUGAAAUAAUGGAAGAUGUCUCCGAAGAGGGAAUGACCGUAGCCAAAAGGAUGUUUAUGGUUGCACUUUGGUGUAUUCAGUUGAAACCGAGUGAUCGUCCUUCAAUGAACAAAGUAGUUGAGAUGCUUGAAGGGAAAACUGAAAGCCUUGAAUUGCCUCCAAGGCCUUCUUUUUAUGCAAAUGAAAAUUAUAAACAUCAUGAUGAAAUUAGCUCUGAUCAUACAUCAUGGGGUGAUUCCACCAGCAUUGGCCAAAGUUCAACUAAUUAUUCAUUGGAUGAUUGAUCUUGACAAACACAGAUUAUGUCAGCAGAACUUUGGUGCUGCUAUUUAACUGUGUAAGUUUCUGGUAUGAAACUAUUAGGCUUCGACCAUGGUCCUCUUUUCGACUCCAUCCUAUGGCAUAGAAAUAAGGAUUCGUUUCAUUCUUCAGCUCAUCAUUCUUUCCUUCCUUAUUUGUUUCUCUUGUUUUUUUUUUUUUUGUAGUGCAAAAUGUAAUUUACUUCAUGCUGUUGUACAUUCAAACUACUAUCUUGUGAGACAUUCAAUAUAUAAUUUUGCUCUGAAUACUUGAACCGUCAACUUCGAUA